AUGUUUGAUGUCCCGAACGCCAAAAGGAUCAAAAGAUCGGACUUCGAAGCUGAGCAGCGAGGUGAUGAUGGGCCUUUGGAAGAUGCGACGGCCUUGAGCGAGAUAGAUGACCAGGACACAUCUACACUUAAAUCGGGACACAUACCUAUGAGCUAUGGUUUCGAGUACGACUUCAUCACACCACAGCACUCUGGCCCCCAAAAGCCACCAGCGGAGCAGAGUGAAGCAGAUCAGCAGUACGAGUUCCGACUAUUCUCCACACCGACAGGGGCGACGGCAACGCCCGUUGAAGAUCAUCAGGGCAACGGAACAACCUCGACGACUAACGUACCGCCACGGAUAAUCACAUUGGCCCGAAGCCCAACACCAAGCUCAGCACUCCCAGAACAAGCAGGGCGCUUCCUUUGCCCACGGCCCGACACACACUACCUCACAGAUCCAUCGUCAUCCCUCAGAGCACAGUACGCCGCAACAGCAAUAUCGCCAACGACGCUGCUUACGCUUGCCCAAACUCCGUGGCCCGGCACUGCAUUAGUCUGGCGAAGCGCCCAUCUCCCUCUAUCCCAGAUCCACAAAUGCCUCCGCUCAUCCUCCUCAACGCAUCACCGCCACACUACUACUACCACCAACCGGCGACCCAAACCCUCUAAAAAGCGGCGCAUCCUCCUGCGCCAACGCCUCGCCGCGCGUCUACGCUCUCAACCCAAGCCCAAACCGACCAAGAUCGUCAACGAAAAGGGCGAGCUCGAGCUGGACUUGCCGCCAGAGGAACGGGAGAAAAGAACGGCACGGAACCGGGAGAAGAAGCUCAAGCGGCGGGACCGGGAAAGGCAGAAGAAGGAGGCUGCCGGACUGGCUGCUAAUGGUAGCGGCGGCGGAGAUGGUGAUGUUGGUGAUGGUGUCGGUGCUGCGGGAACAGGCGACACCGAUGGGGUCCUACCGUAG